AUGGCUCAGACAGGUUCGAUAUCGUGGCCAGUUGUGCUGCAGGGCAGCGACGGCCGCCCGUUCGUGGCGGCGUGCGGGUCCAAGCUCGUGUUCCCUCCAGCGUUCGUCUCCCGCUCGAAUGGCAGCGCCAUCUUUGCAGCGAUCGAGGCUGGCGACCCUUCGCUCACUUUUGCAGCGCUGCAGGAUAUUGCCGGCUCCGUCAAAGUGCUCGCGUAUUUCGUCGGAAGUGAUCUGGCACCCUCAUGCGUGCGGGCCAAAAUGGAAGUGGCGCUCCGGGCGUCGGUGCACAAUCGCUGGGCUUUGCUUAGCGACCAGGGCGUCAUUGUUCUCUUCGACGGUCAGUGCAUUAGUCACAUCGUGCACCGCGAGGUAGAAUCCACGUUCAUGGUAUAUGACAUCAUCACAAAACUUUACGCGGUCGCUUUCUGCGCCAGCUUAUCCAACAUGGCGGCGACCGUCAAGGCGGCGCUGCACGACGUGAUACGUGAGGACCUGGCCUCGGGGGGCUUCUUUCCUCGGCUGCAGAACCCGAGCGCGGGGUGUGGCGUGCUCGCCAUGGCCCGCAUGACCAUCUUGCGCAACCUCGACGUCCGCGCCCGACAGGAGGACGACCAUGUCAACGCUGAUCAGGAAGAUAUGUUGCAGGCGUUCUUGGAGUGCUUCAACGGUGACCACAGGCGCCCGCAGGUUCAGCAUUUCUGCCAUAAGGAGAACUGUCGCUGCGGCCGAUCCCUCGACUCGUGCGUCCAGGUCAUGGUGGAGAUUUCGUGGAAGUUGUGGUUCGAGGACGUCGGCUCAGACUUGCCCGCCCAGAACCGCUGGUACACGUUCGCCCCCCACGUUGCCCGCCAGACAGGGGCGCGCAUGUGCCACCAGCUCCUGCGGCGCGUCUUGGAGAGAGCGUUUGUCCCGCAGCCGCAGCAGCCCGACGACGACUCCCACCAUUCGCACUGCCACAAAAGAUUGGUCACUGCCAGGGACUUUGUCGUUGAUAGGUCAUGCCCGGAGUUGCUCGGGUUCGCGCUGCUGGUCACGCUUCCGAUCGACCACAUGAGCUUGAGAUUGCAGCACCUCGACGCGACAGACGGAGGCAGCGUGGCCGAGCUCUGCGACACCAGCGACAAGGGCAUCAUAGCAUCGACCCACAUGAAGUACUGGGAGUUGUGCAACGUUUGGGCUGCCAGUGCAGGAUCCGAGUAUUCCCGCUCCUUAUGGUGGUACUUGGAGGCCGUCGCCGACAGCACCGAGGAGCAGUUCCUCGACAAUCUGCGCCGGCAUUGCGUCGGGCUCUCGGCGGCGGUGUGGGCCCGCAUCGAGAUCAAGUACAGCAAUUGGCCUUAUCGCUUGAUGUGCGAGCAGUACGUUCGGGGCAGCUUCACCGCUGCGUCUCCGUGCUGUUUAGACAGUUGGUGUUCGGGGCCGCUGCGGAUGAAGCUGCAGACAGAGGACGAUUUGGAGCGCCCGCAGAUCAAGAAGCUGAUUCAGGAACUUCGGCGGAAGUACCUCAAGGCGACCAACAUGCGCUUGGAGGGGCUCCUCGGCGAGAUGAAGGCGUCGUGCAGGACCCACCUCAAUCGGCAGCCGAACGCGGAGCGGACUGUAUAUACUUGCCACACCCGGGACCUCAUGAAACAUCAUUUGGCGCGCGGCGGAGUAGACAGCAGGAGGCACCACGACAGGUCGAUGAUGAUACGGGCGGGAGUUCCCCUCGUGGGGAGUGCACCGGCGGGCGGGCCAUGUUCGCGCCAUCUUCGGCGCCAGAGUCUGGGCGAUGUCCUGGACUGUGGAGACGAUGAAUGGCCAGUCAGCGAGUCCGCCGUGCGGGGCUUCUUGGACAGCCACCCGGCUAUGUCGGCCAAGGUCUUGAGGAACCCCGGCUUCGCGAACAAGGCCCGCCUGGCCCGGAGGUUCGCGCUCGACCAGGGCGCGUUGUUGGUGGAGGACGCGUCCGACAUCCCAGUCACGCAUUGCAUGGUCAAUUGUGCGCAGCACGCCAACAGCAGCAGCGGUGCUCUUUUCAGCGUGAGUUUAGGCCAGAACACGUUGCACCGCUGGGACUUCACGACCUUGUGGGCGAUUGGCCGGGGCCUCUUUCUUUCCAACGUGGCCUCGGUGAAAGUGGUCAUCAGCCCGCUCGAGUGCCUCGCCGGUGGCGGCCAGCCGCUGCCCCCGCAGCCGGGCCCGCAGCCUGGCGGCCCGCUGCAGCACAUCAUCGGCGACAGCGCUGGGGAGGAGAGCACAGACGGUGAGGUCCACGACGGCGGCGGCGGCGACGACGCGGCAGCCGCUGCUGGAGACGCUGGGGCCCCGCCGCAGCAGCCCCUCGCGGCGCCAGCGGCCGCCGCCCCAGCGCCGGCGCCGCCGCCGCCGCCGCGGGUGCAGCAGGGCGAGAAGUGGCCGCUCCAGUCGACUUCCAGCCCGUGGAAGAUCGCGCGCAUCGCGUCCCGGGGCGUGCACGUCGGGUGGGGCGCGACGUGCAAGGGGCACAGCAAUGCGGAGGACACGAGCAAGCAGGUGUGCAAGAAGGCGUUCCAUUCCACGGCGGGCGACGCCCAGCUGCGCAUGAUGGCGUGGCUCGUGGAGGGCAUUGACAUCCCCGCCGACAGCGCCGUCGGGAGGUCCUUGCACUUGAAUGUGAACCCGAGGGACUUCGCCGCGGCCGCCCUGGACGAGAACGAGAUGGUCUCGAGGGCGCUCGCGCGCUGGCCCUGA